CGAUGCCCGGCUAUAAGAAGGCGGGCCACAGCGGAGCCCAGCACAGUCGACAUCUGGGAGACAAGAUGAUUAGCUUUCUCUGGAAGAUAUCGCUUUGGUGCAUCUGGCUGGCGGGGAGCCAGGCGCUGAAUAUCACCGCUGGCCAGCAGGAUGGCCGCAUUGUGGGCGGCUGGGAGACGAGCAUUGUCCACUUUCCGCACCAGAUCUCGCUGCAGUUGGGCACGCGGCAUGGCUGCGGCGGCGCCAUCCUCUCGCCCACCCACAUCCUGACCGCCGCCCACUGUGUGCUGGAGUACAGCAAGCCGGAGUACUAUGUGAUCCGAGCCGGCACCAGCGAUUGGACCACUGGCGGCAGCUACAUUCGCAUCCAACGCAUCGUACCGCAUCCGAAGUUCCACCAGCCCACGCACAUGAACAACGACAUUGCGCUGAUCCAGCUGCAGCAGCCGCUCGUCUACAGCGGCAGCAUCCAGCCCAUUGUCCUGGCCACAAGGCAGGACCACAUCCAGCCAUCGGCUCAGCUCUUUGUCAGCGGCUGGGGCAGCAAAUCGAUCUCCCAAAUGCAGCCGGAGAAGCGCCUGCGAUACACAGUUGUCCAGCAGCGGGAUCAGACGCAGUGUGCCCGGAACUACUUUGGCGCUGGCACCGUGACCGGCAGCAUGUUCUGCGCUGGCACACCACAGGGCGGUCGCGACAGCUGCCAGGGGGAUUCCGGUGGUCCGCUGGUCACCAGCAUCAAUGGACGCAUGCGACUCUACGGGAUUGUGUCGUGGGGCAUGGGCUGUGCCAAUGCCAUGUUCCCGGGCGUCUAUACGAGAGUCUCGGACUACAACGAUUGGAUUGCCCAAACGAUGACAGAGUUGGCCUAAACUGUAUUACCACUGUACAUAUGUAUGUACACACUGUACUUAUUCCGCGCUAAGUUAUGAAAUAGUUCCUACUCUCCAGGGUCUGUCUAGCCUCUAGGCGUCCCUCUAGUAUCGAUUCUAAGGUGCAAUAUUCUCAACUCUAGAAUGACUAACAAAAUACUUAAAAAUUCGAAAUAAU